CCAUCGUGCCUGCCAUGAGUGAACCGCAACUUCCCAAGUGCCCCCUCAAGCUUUCCUCCCACAACUACAACCUCAAUUCGAACUUUCUCUCACAAUGCAUUGAAUCACGCUUUCAGUCCUUGAUUAAUGUGCAACAAGUACCCCUCCACCCCGUUACACAAACCAACCUUCCUCUCCUCCACUUUCGUUGUCACUGCCAUCUGUAGACUUCCUCCGACCAGCGCGACUAUAGCAUGCAGUACUACAACAGAGAGGGCUCCAGAACCUGGCCCUAAGCCCCCAAAACGACGGCACGGCACGCUCCCUCAUUCACCCGCUUGCCAGCCCCCAUUAGGGCAUGACUACUUUCCUUGGGCAUCAUGGAUAUUCGAAAAUGGCUUGAUGAGACUGUGACACCGGUCCAGUCUCCAAUUCCCCCUAAUCAAUUCAACCUUGCUCCCUGCCUCCGGCCAAAGGAAGAUAUGGAUGAUCCUAGAGCGAGUCGCAAAUACAGGAAGUCCAGGUCAGGCAGCUCACUUCUUGAACGCCGCCCAAUACCACCACGGAAGACCUUGAAAUGCGAGACUAGUGCCGAGCACAGUACCAACAGCAGCGACUGCAGUGAGGCACACGACCCCACCAGCAGGACCUCGUCGAGCAGGGUAUCGAGCCAAAGAUAUGCACGAAAGGCUCGACGGAAGACACGUACGGACCGCUACGACCCCACGGUGAACAAUGGUAAGACGCGAGAAACGCACAUAUAUCGAAACCAAAUCGACGAAUCAAAGAAAAGAAAACGCAAGCCGAAGCGCAAGAGGUCCGAUAAGUCAGGCGUGGGCUUAGUCCAGAGCUUCCGCGCCAAGAAUGUUUCUCAGGAUCGACUGACUUUGAGGCCACGGGACAACUUGGGUCUGUUCAACAAGGGAAAGGCGGCGUCCCCCAUCAAGGGCCGUGGCUUGCCCGAUCUUGUAUUCUCUGAGAUGAAGUUCUUGCAGAAGCAUAGAGCCCAACCAGAGCCCGCCCUUGAUGCCGAAUUGUCUAGAAAGCACCGGAAAAAGAGCCAUACACAAGUGCGUGACGAAGAGAUUUCUGCAUAUUUCACCUCUGUACGACCAGCUUUACAGGAGCAAAUCCCCAAUAUCCAAGCGAACGAGAGCCACCGUCCAUUGGAUCCCAGGGCGUGCUUAAAGCAGCAUGACCGCGACCGAUCAUCGUUGACAGCGAACGCAUUUCCCACUGUGGAAUCCCCCGCGGUUGAGCUGGAGCACUCGAAAUUCAGGAAUAGAGUCCCGCAACAUGACAGUGGUAGUUAUAUCUCUUGGUCCGAAUCGAUCAGGCCAUGGUCAAAGACGCCUCUUUUGUCUCAAUCGAAAAGAUCUUCUGUCCAUCGUGACCGACUGGACAGUGUACAGUUGGCUGGAGGCAACUUGAGUAUUCAAGAUGAAGCUUCCCUGCAAAAGCCAGUGAGCCCCGCUGCCAUUUCGAAGAAGUCGACACAUGAGAACAGUCAUAUACGUCCAGUCUUUUCAUUCACUCCAGUUGCUUGUCACCUGGCUCGCUCUAAAUCUGUGCCUUUAGCAAGUGCCCUACAUCAUCAAGUGAAGCGUUGCAAGGAAGACGAAAUACGGACUCACAACACAGGGACGCUCCAAUCACCGAUGGUAGGCCAUGCACCUUCUCCCAAGGCAGUCUCUGACGAGGUCCCCUGCGAAGUCCCCCGUGAUGUUGGUGUCGACGCCGAUAGCAAAGAUCGGAAGAGUGAUGGCUCUUUCCCUGCAGAACAUGAAGACGCUGGUCAAGGAAUUCGAGAGACAACAGGCCAAAGCGAGAAAGAGAAGGAUACGUCACUGGAACUACACACACCAUCAGGCUUGGAGAAACUUAUCCGCGAGUGCAACGCUGCUUUGAAUCAAAGAACACACGACCCUCCCAAACUAAUCAGCACAGAUGCCCACCCGCCGCGAUAUGGUCGAGUCAAUAGCAGAUCACCAGGCCCUGACGUAGGCUCAUAUACCACACUGCAAAGGUUACCUACCGUGCGUUUUGCUGGUGGUGAGCUCCGGGUACCGAUGUUUUUGAACUUUACGGAGCCAAGCAUAUACAAGGCAGAGGCUCUACGAGGACAUGACGUGAAUGGAUUGGAGGGCGCAAGCAACUACCUCUAUCGAGAGAUGGAUACCCUGGAAAGUAACGAUGUUCUGGAGGUGGGAGAUGACAUAGGCUAUGAAUACGAUGAGCGAGAGCAGAUCAUAUCAGGGGCAAAUGAUAGGCCCAUAUCUUGGAUGCCCUAUGGUAGGUGCAUGGUGGGUCAGAAUGAAUCUGGACCCGGUCUGGAAGAGGACGAUGAUUAUGGACGAGACAACCAAGUAUGCGGCAACAGGUUCUGGCGACCCAAUAAACUAUAUUGA